AUGAAAAUUUUCAUUAUUUUCUAUCUGAUCUAGAUAUUUACUUUUUAAACAUAAGCCAUUCAUUUGUGUGAAAAAGAGGAUGCAAACAAAUAGUGCACAAAUUGUGUGCCUAAUUCUAAAUUAGAAAAUGGAAUAUGUAAAUGCUUAGAUGGGUAUGUUACACAUGAGAAAGUAAAUAAAUGCUAUCGUAUAAAUAUCAUGUAAUAAUAAAAUAGCUUGUUUACCUAAUUGUAAAGAGUGUAAUCCAUUUUAAUUAGAUUAAUGUGAAAAAUGUUUUGGUGAGAAUAAUAAUCGUACUAAUUAAUGCAUUUGUAAUUAAGACUUUAUCUUUUAUGCAUAAGGCUAAACCUGCAUUCCUUGUAUAAAUAUUUUUAAAAUUUUAGCAAAUAAGAACUUAGAUUUAUACCAUCUUAACUUUCUAAUUUAAUAGAAGACAUUUGAAAAAUCUCGAUUUGAUUUUUGUUAAAAUACUUCAUAAUUUGCAUAAAUUGAUUCUCUAUAUUUAUUGUAAAAAAAUAAUACCACUGAAACUUUAGAUAAAAAUUUUACAAAAUUGAAUAAUCAAAUUUAAGUGGCAUUUAAGUCAAGUAAUGAAACAUUGGUAUUCAACAAAUAUCUCAAUGAAAAGAUAAAAUUAAAAAACUCUAUCAUAAAAGAUGAGAAUGAAAUUAUUUUCGAAAUUAAUUCCGCUUUCGGAUUUAGUGAUUUUGUAGGAAAUAAGGACGACUAAAAUCUAAUUCUAAUAAUUGAAAUGAAAAAUAUCAUUACAAAUAGCUAUUAUUUCUUGUUGAUGUAAUGCUAAUCAUAAAAGAAUCAAUCUAUAGAAGAAUAAAAAUUUUCAGAAAAUAAUGUCAAUCAGAUAGUUGAUACCUAUUUUAAUUUAUUCUAUUAAUGUCCUUCUAAUUGUGUCAAAUGCAAAUUUGAAAAUUUAGAGACAGAAUUGAAUGUAUAAUGUUAAAAAUGCAUUAAUGGAAUGAAAAUAUAGGAUGGCAAAUGCAUUUAUGAGAGUAAAUUGAUUAAAAUGAUGGAAAUAAAAGAGAAUAAUGAUGAAAAAGAUGAAAAAAAAAAGAUUGGCUGUGAUUCUAACACAUAUUUAAAAGAUGAUAAUUAUUGCACAUUAUGCAAUAUCUAAAAUUGUUUAAUUUGCGAAACCGAAACAAAAUGUAAAACAUGUGAAUAGGAAGAUAAAUUUUAUCUCAAAGAAGAUAAAUGCUAAUGCAAGAAGGAUGAGGAUUGUUAAAUUAAUUAACCAGUCAUCAAAAACUGUAAAUAUUUUAAAGAUAAUAUUUGUUGGGAAUGUGAGUAAAAUUAUUAUCUAUAUAAAAAUUAAUGUUAUCAAAUGCUAUCAAAUGAAAAUUUAAUAUGCAUUAAAGAAGAGAAGUGUGUUAAUUGUUUAAAUAUGAAAAAAAUUGAUAAUUUAUCCUUAAUUCAAGAUAAAAAUCAUUUUGAAUGUAAAUGUAAAGAUAGAUAUUUCAUCGAUUAUUAAUUAUUAUAAUGUAAGUAAUGUGAUAAAAACUGCAAAAAUUGUGCCGAUAGAUCUAAUAAAUGUAUAAACUGUAAGGAUGGGUUAUAUUUAGAAAAUCAAAAAUGCAAAUAAUGCCCAGAAACCUGUCGCUAAUGUGAUUCAAUGGAUAAAUGUAAAAAUUGUUAGGAUGGUUACUACUUAGAUGAAUCUAAUUCACAAUGCAAACAAUGCAAUAUUAAGGAAUUCGGUGUUGAUAAUGAUUAAAAUGUUUGUGAAAAAUGCUUAAGUGAAUAAGUAUGUGAAAAAGCCAAAGAAGGAUAUUACAUUGAUGAAGUCGUUGUUAAGAAAUGUAAUAUAAAUAAAUGCAAAUAGUGUGAGAAAACUGAAUGUAAAUAAUGUGAACCUGAAUAUUAUGUCGAAAAAGGCUAAUGUGAUAAAUGUUCAACUGGAUGUUUAAGUUGUGAAAAGGAUUAAGAAUCAAAUUAAAUUAAAUGUUUAAAGUGUGAUUAAGGUUUUAGUCUUAGUGAUGAAAAAGUAUCAAGUUGUUAGAUAUGCCCAGAUAAUUGUUAGCAAUGUCCUAAUAAAUCUAGUUGCAACAAAUGUAAAGAUGGAUUUAAAUUAUCAUCAAGUAAAAAAUGUGUUUGUAAAGAUGAUAACCAAUAUUUUAAAGAUGGUAUAUGUUAAACAUGCAUUGCAAAUUGUGAAAAAUGUAAAUCACAAAAUUAAUGUGAGGUUUGUCAUUAAAAAUAUGAUUUAAAUGAAAAAUAAGAAUGUGUUAAAAAGAAGUGUAAAAUUACUAAUUGUGAAGAGUGUAAUGAUGAAAGUUCAUGUGAAAAAUGCACAGAUUCAAUCUUUGAUUAAGAAAAUAAAAUAUGUGGAUGCAAAAACAAUUGUGAAAAAUGUAGUCUGGAAAAUGAAAAAUAAAAAUGUUCAAGUUGUAAAUAAAAAUUUUACUUGGGAGCGGAUUUUGAAUGUAAAAGUUGCACUGAUAAAAAUUGUUAAAAUUGCGAUUAUUCUGCUUCAUUAUCAUCUGAUUAAUGUUUAAAUUGUUAAGAAGGUUACUCUCUUAAAGAAAAUAAAUGUUAUAAAUAAAAUAAUCUAUUUCCUUUGCUUUCCCUUGUAUUUAUAAUUGCUUUAAUAUAUGGAGCCUAUUACUUUAAGGAUUAAAUCUUAUCUCUUUGCGCUAAUAAAGAUUCAAGAAAUUUUUCAGGGGGUAUAGAAUUACCUGAAUAAGAAAAAAAUAAUGAUUAAAAAUUUAAUAUUUUAGAUGAUUGAUUAAUAAUGAAC